AGCCAAACAAACUAGUAAAAUACUCGCUGUGCCGAACCGCAUUUGAGCAGCUUUGCUUCGUCAUUCGCUUCCUCCUUCUCUGCCACUCUCCCUGAAGUCUACAGAGCAACCGUCUUCUCAACAGUUUCUCCGCGCCACCACUCAGGAAUAGCCCUAAGUUUUAUUGUUGUAUUCGAUUCGAACUCUGGUUCUGGAUUCGGCCUUCUGAAACUGCAUAAAGUAGACAAAGAAACAACAUUUUUCGCAUUAAACAUUGGGAAUCAUGGCCACUAGUAGAGCUGAAAGGGAUCAAAAGGAAUAUGUAAAUGAACAAGCUGUCGCAAAUAAGUUUGCUGAUAUGAGGUCUGAGCUCAACCAAAUCUACUCGAAAAUUACUGAGCUAGAGAUGGAAGCGAGCGAGCACUCACUGGUCAUCAAUGCCAUCCAGCCACUUGAUCCGUCCAGGCGAUGCUACCGGAUGAUUGGAGGUGUUCUGGUGGAGAGAACUAUCAAGGAGGUCCUGCCAGCUGUGCAGCGCAACAAAGAAGGUAUUGAGGAGGUUAUUGCCAGGUUGAAUGAGGCAUUGGAGAAGAAGAAAAAGGAAAUCUCUGAUUUUGAGGCUAAGUACAAGAUCAGGAUACGGAAGGAGCAGGGUGAGGAGAAGGAUGAUAGCGCUCGGAAAGAAGGGACUGCUCAGGGAGUCCUGGUUGGCCCUGCCGGUGGAAGCGGAUGAAUGAUGAGGAUUGUACUUUUAAUGGUCUUCCACCACCCUUGUUUUGUUGUCUCGAACUUCUUAGAUGUGUUUUUCAAGCGUAUCAGGUGGUAGAAUGGUUAGCAAAUUACAAUUAUGGCACUGAAUUAUUGAGAGUAUGUACAUUGUACCCUAUUUAACUAUGCUUCUCUUUCUUUCGUAAGAAUUUAAGGGCGAAAGCACAAAAUUUUAAGGCGAAA